AUGGAGUACCUCUCCCUCCUGAUUCCCAUAGCCUACCUAGGCAUUCUGAUCGGCUCCAUGGCGACAUUCUCGCACCUGUACCGCCAACGACAAGUCACAUCGAAACUGCGACUAGCACCCUACUUUGGCCCACACACGACUCGCAACAUCUACUUGUCCUUGUUACAUCUACAAGAUCAAUCAUCAACUGCAGACUCGACGACAAAGGUUCCAGAUAGCAUAUUGCGCGCGGCGCUCUUAGCCCGCGCGGUCGAAGACAUCCAGCGCAUCAGGGAGAUCCAAACCCGCAAGCCGGCCCUCGCCCAACUCCUUCAGCGCGGCGUGGUCGGCGACGAAAUUUUCCAGCGUCUCCAGCGGGCCGAGCAGGAACUUGAGCUCGAGCUCAAGGAUGUUGUCGCCGAGGCGAAUGCCCUCGCCCCGAACUGGGGCCUGUCGAUUUUCCAGAGCGCAAAUGAGAUGGUUCAGAACAAAAUUCUGAGGGAUAAAUUGGAUGCCGUGAAGGCCACUCUGCCGGCCGAGAAGGAGGCUUGGGAGGCUCAGCGUGAGAGGUCGAGAAGAGAAUUGUUGGGAGAAGGUGAACCAACUUCGAAAGGUCCGGCGGCGCAGCAGCAGCAGGGUUCGGAACAGUCGCCCCCAGUGGCCACUGGUGUAACAGCAAAACAGCAGCAGCAGCCGAGUGCAGAAUUGUCCUCGACCAUGGCGGAAAAGGCAGCCAGGUCGGCGGCUCUAGCUGCAACCGUGACGGCAGGUAGUGAUGAUGAGGGUGUCAUGGUUGAAUCGCCUGGUGUGGAAGCCACGAACAGUGCUGCUGCAGCUGCUGUCAAUUCAUCGACAACGACUCCUAGCGGAGGCGCAGGAGGCGGUGGUGGGAAGAACAAGAAAAAGAAGGGCAAGCGGUGA